AUGUAAGAAUGUUAAAAAUAACUUAAUCUUAAAGUAAAAGUUAAUGGGAUUGGAAUAGAUGAUCAUAAACUGAAUUAAAUUUAGAAUAGUUUACAUGAUACAAAAAAAUUUAGAGCUGGAUUAAAAUCUCAUUCUGGCAGUAAAAAAGCGGCUAAACUAAUCGAAGGUUUGACUGAAUCUAAAGAUAAUAAAUAAUUAUACUUCAAAAAAAAAAUAAAAGAGCAAAAGUUUAAUUUCUAAUAGAAGAUCAAUAAUUAAAAUCCAAUUUUCCAAAAUUAUAGAAUUAACAGAUGA